AGCUCGCCAUUCGCUAGCGACAAAUUCGGAGAACCCCGAGUUACUUCCCAUUUAUAGACACCCAAGACUAGAGACGCGUCUACCAGAGUCACUGAGCGUCGUGUAAGUAAAGCUUAAAUUAGAAAUCAUGGCCAAUGCAAAAAUUCGACUUCUUUACUUUGACGGCAAGGGCAGGGCAGAAUUAGCUCGACUUCUUUUGGCAGCCGGAGGUAAAAAAUACGAAGACGUCCGUUUUUCCAUGGAAGAUUGGCCUAAAUUUAAACCGUCAACUCCCUACGGCCAGGCACCUGCCUUAGAAGUCGACGGCGUCAUGUUUGCUGAGAGCAUCGCUAUCUCCUCGUUCUUAGCUCGCGAGUUCAACUUCUACGGGAAGAACAAUUUGGAAAAUUUCAAAAUUGAUGAACUGGUUCAGUUGUACAACGACUACUUCACAAAGGCGAUCGAUUUGAUGUUCCAUACAAACGAUACGGCGAAAAAGAACGAGGGCAUCAAGAAGUUCAAAGAGGAAGAUGCUCCAAGAUACUUGGGGUUUCUCGAGGCAAAUCUCAAAAAGAACGGGACAGGCUACUUUGUGGGAGACAGCAUCACUUUAGCUGAUAUCUUAGCCUUAGAUCUGAACACAGGCACAAUGAACUCGCUCUUGGAAAUAACAGACAACUACCCGUUGCUGAAGAAGAAUCUGGAACUCGUGAAAGGACAAGACAAGAUAGCAGCCUACCUGGCCAGCCGAAAACAAACAGAAUGGUAGGAACCAGAUUUGUUGUUGAACGCCAACAUUUAUUUGACACGUGUUUCAACAAUGGUUGCUUAUAUUAACUAUAGUUCAAGCUGUACCGCUAACUCUAACUCACAAGGCUAUCAACAUUCAUCUUUCUUGCUAAAGUGUGGAGGGAGU